AGUCUGUAGUAGUAGUAUCAAUUCGAAUGCCCAUGUGAACACCCUGCCUUUUGUUGCGUCGAGCGGGAAUUUCGUGUUUUUGCGUGUUUCGGAACCGUGUUUACCGCGCCUUGUUCGUAUUUGGAUGUUUAAAACAAACGCAAUCUAUUACACCGCCGCUUAAACAAACAGCCAAGCCGGGCAGCAGAGGCCAAAGUGCAAUCGAGGAACCACAGCCUAAUUUAUAGAGUGUCUGCCCGCGAAAUUAAUAGGCGCCGUUAUCUUGUGAAAAUAUUUUGCUCCUACAUAACAGCCAAAGGCCAGCAGCGAGUCCAUUCCUGCCUGUCUCACACAACAAAGAAUAAAUGUUAAUAGAGAAAUAAAGUAUAUAAGUGAAUAUAUAUCAUGUCCAGCAGAAACUAGAGGAUAGUCAAAGUGUGUUUAUAUUUAUGUGGCCGCAAGUGUAGUCCCGUUCUCUCUCUCUCUCUGCCUCUCUGUUUCUGUGCGUGUCGUUCGCGGGUGUUUGUGUGUGUGAGUGAGCUGGCAUGUGUUUGUGAUUUUAUGUUGUUGUUUGCUGCUUUUGCUUUCGCGUGAAAUCCAAAACAAAACAAAGAAAUAAAGCAAAACAUAAAUGAAAUUUUUGGAAAACCAAAUUGAAUGCCGCAACGACGACGCUCUCCGCGCGCUCUUUUUACAGUUACAAGUCUGAAGUCGGUCUGAAAGUCUGAAGUGUUUUCCUGGACUUUACCAACGCUGCUCCAUCAAAAUAUACAUUUAAUUGAAUUUGUUUUUAAAUAUUUGCAUCAUCACAGCAACAUCAACAAUAACAAAAUCUACUCCAUCCUACCGCUGCCAGCAUUCCAAACAACAAUAAUAAACAUUUGGAAAAAUCUUCUCGCAACAUGAAAAACGACGUCGUGCGAUGGAGCAGGCAGCCAACAAGCAAACUCAUCAGUAGGAGCAGCAGCAGUAGCAGCAGCAGAAACCACACCAACAGAAGCAAAUGCAACAAACUGAAUGUGCGACAUGCAGCCAAAAGGAGAGCCUCCUCACACACAAAUGUUGUCGCCAACAAUGCGUCGCAGCGGCAACACGAAGAAGAACAACAGCAAACAAUCAUUGAAUGUGAUAUAAGAAAUUUCAAUUUCAAUUGCAAUUUAUUCAAAAAUAGUUUUUUAACGCAAUGCGAAACGAAACUAAGUGGCAGUGGCAACAACAACAACAGUAGACAUUUAACAAAAACGAAAAGAACAACAACAAAUGCAUCGUCGGCAUUGCUGUUCAUUUUGAAAUUUAGUGCCGUGUUUUUAUGUAAUUUUAAUGUCGGUUUCGUGGCCGGAAGUGUGGGAGCAGCCUCCGCCUCCUCCUCCGCAUCAGCGCCACCAACGCCCGCUCCUCCAUCACUCAAAGUGGAUGCUGGCCAAUCGCCAGUGCUGCCCCCCUAUGUCCUCGAUUAUGAGACGGGUGGCAGGGCCAAGUUGACUCCCAACAAUGGGGGAAAGUAUGGAAACUCUGGUGGCAGCGGCGGCGGCAGCAGCAGCACCAACGCUAUCGGACACUAUACACACACUUGGGCGGUGCAUAUACCCAAUGGGGAUAAUGGCAUGGCCGAUGCGGUAGCCAGGGAUCACGGUUUCGUCAAUUUGGGAAAGAUCUUCGAGGAUCAUUAUCACUUUGCACAUCACAAGGUCUCGAAGCGUUCCCUCUCACCUGCCACACAUCACCAGACGCGCCUCGAUGACGAUGAGCGCGUGCACUGGGCCAAACAGCAAAGAGCCAAGUCCCGCGCCAAGCGUGAUUUUAUAAGGAUGCGACCCUCCAGGACCUCAUCGCGUGCCAUGUCACAGGUGGAUGCCAUGCCCUUUGACGACGCCAAAUGGCCGCAAAUGUGGUACUUGAAUCGCGGUGGUGGCCUCGACAUGAACGUGAUACCCGCCUGGAAGCAGGGAAUAACCGGCAAGGGUGUGGUUGUCACCAUUCUAGACGAUGGCCUCGAAUCGGAUCAUCCAGACAUCGAAGAGAAUUAUGAUCGCAAAGCCUCGUAUGAUGUGAACAGCCACGACGAUGAUCCGAUGCCGCACUACGACAUGACGGACUCGAAUCGGCAUGGCACCAGAUGUGCGGGCGAGGUGGCUGCCACGGCGAACAACUCGUUUUGUGCGGUGGGCAUUGCGUAUGGGGCAAGUGUGGGCGGGGUGCGGAUGCUGGACGGUGAUGUGACCGAUGCUGUGGAGGCGCGUUCGCUCUCGCUCAAUCCGCAGCACAUUGACAUCUACAGCGCCUCGUGGGGACCGGACGACGAUGGCAAGACGGUCGACGGACCCGGCGAACUGGCCUCGCGCGCCUUCAUCGAGGGCACCACCAAGGGCCGUGGCGGCAAGGGCAGCAUCUUCAUUUGGGCCUCGGGCAACGGUGGCCGGGAGCAGGACAACUGCAACUGCGAUGGCUACACGAACUCCAUUUGGACGCUGUCCAUCUCGAGUGCCACCGAGGAGGGCCACGUGCCGUGGUACUCGGAGAAGUGCAGCUCCACCCUGGCCACCACCUACAGCAGCGGCGGGCAGGGCGAGAAGCAGGUGGUCACCACAGACUUGCAUCACUCGUGCACCGUCUCGCACACGGGCACCUCCGCAUCGGCCCCGCUCGCCGCCGGCAUUGCCGCAUUGGUGUUGCAAUCAAACCAGAACCUCACGUGGCGCGACCUUCAGCACAUUGUGGUGCGCACCGCAAAGCCGGCGAACCUCAAGGACCCCAACUGGUCGCGCAAUGGCGUUGGCCGCAGGGUCAGCCACUCCUUCGGCUAUGGCCUAAUGGAUGCCGCCGAGAUGGUGCGCGUUGCACGCGCCUGGAAAACAGUGCCCGAGCAGCAACGCUGCGAAAUCAAUGCCCCACAUGUGGACAAGGUCAUUCCACCACGCACACACAUCACUCUCCAGCUGACUGUCGAACACUGCCGCUCUGUGAACUACUUGGAGCAUGUCCAGGCGAAGAUUACGCUUACAUCCCAGCGAAGAGGCGACAUCCAGCUGUAUUUGCGGUCGCCAGCCAACACCAGUGUGACGUUGCUAACGCCACGUGUCCAUGACAACUCCCGCAGUGGCUUCAAUCAGUGGCCCUUCAUGUCGGUGCACACCUGGGGCGAAUCUCCGCGUGGCAACUGGCAGCUGGAGAUACACAAUGAGGGUCGCUAUAUGGGCCAUGCUCUGCUCAGAGAGUGGUCUCUGAUCUUCUACGGCACCACACUGACCAUCGAUCCCAAUGAUCCCAUUUCGGUGCCGCGUCCAAAUAGCGCAGAGGCCACCACGCCCAACACCAGCAGCAGCAGUGGCACCACCAGCAAUCUCCAUCAGAUCUACUCACCGCAGUACCCACGGAUAUCGCCGAAUAACUUUGGCAACCCGCCAUCGAGUGGGGCAAAGCUGCCGCUGGGUGGGAAAUCAACGCCGAAUAAGUCCAGCUUUGUGACGAACAAUCCUUUGAUGAAUUCGGGACCAAUUAAGCAGGGCUAUCAGCAGAUCUCGGCCACGUAUGGUGUGAUUCUUGGAAAGAACAAUCACAACAACAACAACAACAACAACAGCAGAGGGAACAGCCAGAAUAAUAAUCAGAAGUCGAACAACAAGGCAAACAAGCCCAAAGGCGGGGAGAGUGGCAGCAACAAGGAGCGGAAUGGCAAGAAUAACAAUGCAGGAGGCAACCGAAAGGAGCAGACCACACAGAGCACCACUGCAGCCAGCAGCACCACCAACAGAAACAAAUACUAUCGCAUAUCCCAGCAGCAACAGCAACAGCAGCAGCAGCAGCAGCAGAAGGCCAACAAGCAGGACAGGAAUGGAGUGCAGACACAACGACCCAAGGCCAAUUCGGGAGAGAAGUCCUCCUCGUAUGAGGACAGGGGCCGCAAGGUGGUUGGGGAGAUCAAUUCCAGUGGCAGUGGGGGACGCAACUUCUCCGCCGCCUCGCAGAACCUGCCUGUCAAAGCAACCAAACAGGUCAAGGGACAGGACACCGACUCGCGUAUACCCAAACUCUUUGAGCGGUACGAGAAGAUACAGGCGAUAUUCCCCGAACUAGAACCCUACGAAAGCAGUGCACCCAAGGCCAAGGCAAACAACAACAACAACCAACCACGGAAGCAGGGCAAGCAGUUCGAGAUGGAUAUGUUCAAGCCCACAACGGGGGGAAACAGUCGUCAGGGAAACACUAAGAAAUCGCCAUCGGUGCCGCCGCCAUCGUCACAGAUGCUGCCCGUACUGCCGCAGGGGGGGAAUAGCUUUCUGCCGGACUUACCCGCUGGCGGCAGUAGCUUUCUGCCCGAUCAGAAGAUACUCAAGAAGCAGCAGCUGCUGAUGGCCGCCGCUGGGGUUAUGGCACCCGUCGAAGUGGAAGUCCAGGACUCAUCCUUGUCCGCUCAGGGAAAUGCCAGGAAGAGCAGCAAUGGACCAAAUGCACAAAUCACACAAUGGGACAUGAUAUUCUAUGGCACGGAGACGCCCGCCCAGCCCGAGGACCAGGCGAAUGUCAACCAACAGAAUCAAUUUAAUUUAUAUGGCAACGAUAUGGCACACAAUGACAUCGAGUACGAUGUCACCGGCCAAUGGCGGAAUAUGCAGCAGGUGGGCGAUGUGGGCAUGGCACAAGAUCGAAGCAACUCCGCUGCGUGCCUUAAGUGGAGCGAUCGAAAGUGCUUAGAGUGCAAGGAUCCGGCAUACAUUUACGAGGGUCUCUGCUACGAUCAGUGUCCCAGGCACACCUAUCCCCAUGACGAUGCACAGGAUCAGGAUGACAUAAUGGAAGAUGCCAGCACAGAGAGCAGUACCACAAGCGGCAUAGAUCACCCCAACAUAUCCAACAGCAUAGACGACAAGCAGGAUCCUCUGCAGGCGGAGGACCGUCGUCGUCGUCGUCGUCGUCGCAACUCUCCGCUCAUUACCCCGCUGCUGGUGGCACAGAGUCGCACAUGCGCCGUGUGCCACAAGAGCUGCCUGGCCUGCUACGGGCCCCUGGCCGCCCAGUGCAGCACCUGUGGCCCAGGCAGUCAGCUGCGGAAGACCCUCAAUGAGACUCUCUGCUAUGCGUAUGUGGUGCGCAGCACGGGCAUGGCCACUGUCGUGGAAGUCUCCGAGGAGGGUAGCCAGGAGCAGGCACUGCAGUACAUGACGGGCACAACGGUGCUGCUCCUGAUGCUCGUGGUGUUCACCCUGCUGGGUGUGGCGGUGGCCGGGGGCAUUGUCUACAAUCGGCGUGCGUCGGCGGCGCGUUCCAGUGAACUGUACUCGCGGGUGGCCCUCAUGGCCGACGACGACAGUGACGAAGAGAACGAGGACGAGCUCUUCAGGACGCACAUAUUAGGUAAGCCCAAGGAGGUGCUCGAGUAUCGGGACGAAAUAAAGCCCGAGAAGGCGCCACCCGAAGAGAUGUCCGAAGCGGAAAACGACGAUGAUCAGCGGGAGAAUAACCAGCUGGUGCCCUAAUAGAAUCUAGAUAAACAUACAUGGAUACCAUAUUUAUUUGUGUGUAGACCUCAUCUGCAUUUAGCUACUUUUACCCAAACCAUAUACCACCAGACCAACAAUGGGCGAAUUCUCAGCAGCAAACUGAUUGACGGAUUCCACAUUUUGGUUAAUAUUUUUGUUACCUUUUACACACCUAUUACACACACUGUUACAUACGUAUAAACCAAAACUCCGAACAUAGA